AUGCCUCUACCGCAACAUAUUAUCCAGGGCAACCGCCUCCAGGCUCUCUAUGGACACGGAGGCAUAGGCACCACUUCCGCCGUUUUAGCUCAUGCCCAAUUUCAGCCACAAACUCCUGCCAAUGACAAGAAGCGAAAAUCAACCGAUUUUUCCCAGGCCGACCAGAGCUCUCCCUGGCGUAGUGCCACGCGGCCCUCUCUCCAAGAUCGCAUCUCGAAGCCCACCGCUGCCUUGUCGCUGGACGAGCCGCUCUCUGCUAAAAGUAAGUUCCAGAAGCAAGCAGAGAAGCGUCAACGUCGCUUCGACGGGGGUUACAAAUCCACGUAUCGCUCCCCUAGCCCGCCGCCCACGGCUGGACCCGUAGUGGGAACAUGCACCGACCUGGAGAAGAGAUAUCUUCGCUUGACCGCUGCACCCAAGCCCUCCAUGGUUCGGCCUGAACAAAUAUUGCAUCAAACACUGGAUUUGCUCAAGAAGAAAUGGAGAAAGGACCAAAACUACAACUACAUCUGUGACCAGUUCAAGUCUAUGCGUCAAGAUCUGACUGUCCAGCGCAUCCGAAAUGAUUUCACUGUUUCCGUCUAUGAGAUACACGCCCGGAUUGCUUUAGAGAAGGGGGAUCUUGGUGAGUAUAACCAGUGUCAGACCCAGUUGCGCGCAUUGUACGGCAUGGGUCUGAAAGGAAGCCCCGUCGAGUUCAAGGCCUAUCGUAUCUUGUAUUUCAUUCACACCGCGAACCGUACCGCGUUAAACGACGCCAUUGCCGAUCUAACACCAGCAGAUAAGGAAGAGCGUGCCAUCAAGCACGCUCUCAGCGUGCGCUCCGCGCUUGCUCUUGGAAAUUAUCACAAGUUCUUCCAGCUCUAUCUCGAUGUCCCGAAUAUGGGAGCAUAUCUUAUGGAUAUGUUUGUGAAACGCGAGCGGCUGGCCGCACUAGCAAACAUAUGUAAAGCUUACAAGCCAGAUCUGAAACUGCGUUACAUUACCGAAGAACUGGCAUUCGAGCACGAUGCCGAAGCUGCCCAGUUCAUCAUUGACCACAAUGGUCAGCACUUGCUUGAAGAGCGUGAUGACACGAUCGUCUUUCUGGCUGGUAAAGCCAUGGGACUUUUCGAUACUGCGAGAUCAGAGGCUUUCCGUCGAGUCGAUCUCAAGGGCCAAAUAUGA